GGCUGGGAUUUCGGGUUAAAUAUUCAAAAUGGCUGACGGAGGAGCAGCGAGUCAAGAUGAGAGUUCAGGAGCAGAGUCCACGAUGAGAAACUCUGAAGCGAAUAAAAGUGCGAUGGAGUCUGGGACCGGAAGUGCUGGUGCCCAAACAAAUGGACUGGACUUUCAGAGGCAAACUGUGCAGACGACAAGCGCAAUCACCAACGCACACACACAAGCCCUGCUCCAACAGCUGACCCUGACUCCCGCUCAGCAGCAGCUGUUGCUUCAGCAGGCGCAGGCGCAACUCCUGGCCGCUGCGGUGCAGCACUCUGCCAGCCAGCAGAGCACCACCUCCGGGGCCGCCAUAUCCGCGUCGGCAGCCACGCCCAUCACCCAGAUCCCCCUCUCCCAGCCCAUACAGAUCACACCUGACCUGCAGCAGCUGCAGCAGCAGAACCUGAACCUGCAGCAGUUUGUGCUGGUGCAGCCGGGUCACCCCAUCGCCACGCAGCUGCAGCCAGCGCAUUUCAUCAUCUCGCAGACUCCGCAGGGGCAGCCAAGUCUCCUGCAGCCCCCAAACCUGUUAACACAACUACCUCAGAGCCAAGCAAACCUACUGCAGACUCAGCCGAGCAUCACCCUCACCACACAGCCAGCAACACCGACGCGCACAAUAGCGGCGACGCCCAUCCAGCCACUCCCUCACAGCCAGACGACACCAAAGCGAAUUGACACGCCCAGCUUGGAGGAACCAAGUGACCUGGAGGAGCUGGAGCAGUUUGCCAAGACCUUCAAACAAAGGAGAAUCAAGCUGGGCUUCACUCAGGGGGAUGUUGGCCUUGCCAUGGGCAAACUGUACGGCAACGAUUUCAGCCAAACCACCAUCUCCCGCUUUGAGGCCCUGAACCUGAGCUUUAAAAACAUGUGCAAGCUUAAACCACUGCUGGAGAAAUGGCUCAACGACGCAGAGAACCUGACGUCGGACCACGCGCUGUCCAGCCCCAGUGCCCUGGGCAACACGGCCAUAGGCAUGGAGGGUCUGAACCGCCGGCGCAAGAAGAGGACCAGCAUCGAGACCAACAUCAGAGUGGCCUUAGAGAAGAGCUUUCUGGAGCAGAACCAAAAACCUACCUCUGAGGAGAUCACCAUGAUCGCGGACCAGCUGAACAUGGAGAAGGAGGUGAUCCGCGUCUGGUUCUGCAACCGCCGGCAGAAGGAGAAGAGGAUCAACCCCCCCAGCAGCGGCAGUGCCAACAGCACCCCCAUCAAAGCGAUCUUCCCCUCCUCUUCCCCCAUGGUGCCCAGUACAGCGAGUCUAGUGACCAGUAACACACCGACCACUUUGACUGUAAACCCCGUUCUGCCUCUCACCAGCACAGCCGUCACUAGCCUCGCUUUCACAGGCACGACUCUUGGGACCGCCAGCACCAACACGGCGUCGGUUAUCUCCACGGCGCCCACGGUGACCACGGCGGUGACCUCGCCGUCGCUCAGCCCCUCCCCCACGGCGCCGCAGCCCGCCGCAGUGGAGCAGGGCGCGGCACAGGACACGGGCGUGGCGGCAGUGGCGCCCUCAUCGCUGGCGCCCACGCUCGGGGCGGGGCAGGUGAUGGUGACGGCGCCGGGGCUGUCGGCCGCCCUGCAGGGCGCUGCCCAGCUGCCCACCAGCGCCAGCCUGGCUGCCAUGGCGGCGGCCGCCGGACUCAGCCCCAGCCUCAUGGCCUCCUCCCAGUUUACCCCGGGAGGAGCGUUGCUGAGUCUGGGUAGCGCUCUCAGUCCAGCUCUGAUGAGCAACAGCACCCUGGCCACCAUUCAAGCCUUGGCGUCCAGCGGUACCCUGCCGAUCACGUCUCUGGACAGCAGCGGGAACAUCCUGUUUGCCAACACCAGCGCCGGCAGCUCCCCGAACCUGGUGACGGCGCCGCUCUUCCUGAGCCCGCAGAACCUGUCUCUACUGACCAGCAACCCGGUCAGCCUGGUGUCGGCCGCGGGGGCAGCCGGGGCCGCGGGCGGGGCGCUCAACCUGCAGGUUUCUGCCGCCGCCGCCGCCGCCCACAGCGAGGCCCACCACAGCGUGGUGACCUCGGCGACCGCGCCGGCGACCACCAUCACCACAGCCUCCAAGGCCCAAUGAACUGAGGGCCACGCCCUCCUCGUUAGCAUUAUUUAAUCACUUUUGCUGCCACCAAAAAGAAAGAAACCUGAAACCUGCUGAAUAAGAGCAUUUAUGUUUUUUUUUUUUUUUUUUCCUUCAUCCUCCUCUUUUCUCCCAGACUGGGCUCUGAUUGGCCCUUCUCUCCCAGACCGGGCUCUGGCAGACUGACAUUUGUUUUUGUACCUUGUUCUUUGUUUAUUUUUGAGAGGUACGGUAACGUUCACCAAUUACAGCCGUCACAAGAGACCAGGAAGCCUUUUUGGGAGGGUGGGAUUGGACAGUGCUGCGUGGGGCGUGGUCGACACGGCCAAAGUGACUGCCCUUCACUUUACAUACUCUCCCUCCUCUCUC